ACAGAAGAGGUUUGUCCCUCACGGCUUGCCGUAAAACCGCGCAGCUGUCAUGUCUGCUCACUUAAUGUCUCUACACAGAUGCUGCCAGCGUUCGCCUCUCCUCCUCCUCGUUGCCAGGCGACCAUGGAGCUCCAGCUCAGUGUCUCCUCCUCCUCCUCCUCCUCCUCUUCUUCCUUUGCACAAGAGACUGCUCCUCUUCCUCACCCAGCAGUACUAUGAUGUGGAGAUGCUCCUGAGCUUUGGCUCCCAGCUGAAGAGGAGGGGGAUUCAGAAGAAGAACGUUCACUACGGCUACACUCACAAGUUUUAUGGGUCAGACAUCGCAGCGGCGUAUUAUAUCUUGAGUAUAAAGGGAGGAUUUAGGUAUGUUGGGCAGUCGGACUGGUUUCGUGCUGACCUCAGGGGCAAGUUCAAGUGGGACUUCUUGAACUACAAAAACACUCCUCUAGAGGAGGUGGACAUGAGCCACACUGUCAUCAACUACACUGGACUGGGGAACCUGAAGGAGCAGCAAUCUUUGAAGACCCUGUCAGUACGAGGAUGUCCCGAAGUAGACGAUUGGUUCCUGGCCAGGCUCCAUAUGUUCCAGGACUCCCUGGAGGAACUGGACAUCUCUCACUGUCCUCGCAUCACCACGGGCGGCCUGGCCGCACUGAGGAAUCUCAAGGGCCUGCGGCGCCUGGACAUGUCAUCCCUCCCCGGGAUGUCAAGUCCUGGACUGGUCGUCAUCCUGCUGGAGGAAAUGUUACCACAGUGCCAAAUCACCGCUACUGGCUACGACCACAGUCUGAGUCAGGAGGAGGAGGAGGAGGAGGAGGAGACGAAGAAGGAGCAAAUGCAAGGACCGAAUCCAGCAUGGUCGACCAGGUAUAGAGUCAAAUCGUCAACAUUCGAUUAGGUAUAAAAAUGCGAAAAAGGAAAAAUGCAGCAAGUGUGGAACAAGAAUGGAACAACUCUAGUGGUUUGUCUAUUUAUUAUUUGCCUCCAAGGCAUAUGUCAUCACAGUCUCCUUGGACAAUCAAUUCGUUGUCAAUUGUUUGCACAAUUAUGAACAUCAUGGCUCUGUCUCAGUCAAAAUUGCACUUUGUCUGCUUAUGUGGUUGUGAGUUUAUUUGUUGUUGAAAUGUAAAUAUGGUUUUAAAUGUACAAAAUAAAAAUUUAAUAUGA